AUGCUAUCACUCUUACAAGAAAAAACAGUGUUACUCAACUCUCAAUACAUUGAAUACUCUCAGGUCAUUCAACAUGUCGCCGAUCGGCUUUUACGCGACGUCGAAUUACUCGACAUGUCACCCAUUGAGCUAGCACAUGCAAAAGACUUUGUUCGAGAUCAUGUAACCAUUUUUCGAUUCUUGAAAGAGGCCGAUUACAACGUUGAACGUGCUUAUGAAUGGCUCUUGGAUACAGUACAAUGGCGUCGAGAUCAAAGUAUUGCCGACAUGUCCUACAUUUCGAGUGCAGGCAACUUUUACAGCGAGACAAGUGGUGGAUUUGCUUUCUUCCAUAAGCAAGAUCGUCUUGGUCGACCCAUAGUCAUGGUGCGUAUGCGUUAUUUCCCACAAAUGCCAAAAUCAUCGACGACCAGUCUCACGGAUCUAAUACGACCCUAUGCAUGUCUCAUCAUGGAAAUGGCAAGAAGGUUGAUGCUCGACAUUACGCGACAAAGAGAGCAAGAGGGUAUAUCAUGUGCACUGGUAUCUCAAAUGGUGGUCAUUAUUGACAUGGCUAAAUCUCCCUUUAUCCCUAUUGAUGCCCAAUUGAUCAAGGCCAUGAUAGAGCUGAUGGAGAAACGAUUCCCGGACUUUGUGGGUUCUAUUUACGUCAUGAACUUUGGAUGGAUGUAUCAAGGCCUAUGGCAAAUGAUCAAGUACCUGCUAAGCGAUGAAGCACGCAGCCGUAUUAGCUUCCCUGGUGUCAAGGAGAUUCUAGAGGUGGUUCCACAAGAAAAUUUAUUAAGAGAAUUGGGAGGGACCGAUGAUUAUAUAUGGAGCAUAGACAAUGACAUAGCAUUGGAGAAAUAUGGAAUGGGAUCAACAGCAGAAGCAUUGGUUGAAUCAACGAUAUCACCACCAGCAUCACCACCCUUAUCAUUACGACGUUCUUCCAUAUCAUCCACGCUAUCAUCUGAUACCUUUUUCGAUGUCAAUGAAUCAUUUUACGACACACAAAGUAUAUCCAGUGCAUAUGCAACACCCGGAAGUAUGACGCCCAUCUCAACAUCUCCACAGCAACCAAUAUCAUCUCCAUCGAUACCCCCAUCACCAGCUGCACCAGCGCCUCCACAACAAAACAUCAUCAUUCAGCAUACACCAGAGCCUGUACCUAUUCAACAGCGAGGAGAGAUGACAGCGUGGUCACCAGCAACUCUUCCAUCAACGCAUCAAUAUAACGUUUACUAUUGGACUGGAUUACACAUGGGCGCUGCUUUCUUGACAUCAUUUAUCAAAAGCGAUCACGAUGAUCAGCAUCCUCAUAUUACCAUUGCAGCAUUAUUCAGUAGCCAUCCAACAAAGAACAAGAGCAACAGUGGUAUUGAUGGAUUUUUACUUGCAGCUCAACUUGCUUUGGUACAACAAAAACAACAACAACAGCAGCAGCAUGAAGAUAAUAUCCAACAUAGCAUCGACGCCAAAACAGAACACAAAGAACACGAUGAUUUGGCUUUAAUUGAACGACACACGCCUCAUUUUCCACACUUGCUACCAGCUGAUGAUCCUCAAUCAGCCUACGCUCUUGCUCCCUUCCGUAUGAGGAUACACAGUAUUGAGCACAAGAUUGUUCGGUGGGCACGACGCAUGUUUCGCAUGUCAUUCGCAUACAAGGGCGCAGUCUACUGGGUGAUCCUAUACAUUUUCUUACGCGGACCCACUGAGCAUGUAUUAAGGCGCACAUUGACUACUGUUGUUGAUACCCCACAGCAAGUGAAAUAUACGACGAUUGGUAUCACUGCUGCAAUGGCCGCUGCUAUUGGUUCCUCCAUCUCUUUUUCGCUCAACACUGCAACACCCCGCUUAUAA